CCACUUUUUUUUUGCUCUGGUUUCGUGGCAUUUGCACCCUGCUCGAGAACUGGAUAAUUUGGACACUGCUUGGUUGAGGAAGAAACAAUUCCUAAGAUUUCCUGUAGCUUUGAUCUAGAAGAUACAUUGCCUGUAUUUUUUGCUUUGGUAGUUUUUCCUUUGACUUCUUUCUCAGGCAUGUCUUCCAGAGCAUCCUUGGAUUAAUAUUUCCCCCUUCUCUCUAUAGAAGCAUCCUCCAUUGCCUGCUUGGAUUUGUCAAACUGCAAAGUCCUCGUCUGGGUUAAGAAAGACCUUAAGGAACACUCUUCUGGUCCUACCUCCACUGUCUGAUGUGUUGCACAUCUCAACUACACCCUGUGCAAUUGAAGGAUUGUCUACCUGAGUAUUUGCCUCUGAAGUUGGUUCAUGGUGGAGGGUUUUAGUGGAUAUCCAAGGAGAUGUCUGCUUCUCUGUGGGCUCUCUUUGAUUUCUGAUAGCAGAAGUGCUCUCUAUUUCCUUCUUGUUUUUGUCAUUCGUAAAAUUCCCCUUGCUUGAAGUUGUUUGAGCCAUUGUUGUCCCAUCGUCAACAGAUAUCUCUUUGCUAGAAGUUUUAACUGCUGCCAAGUGAGUGUGAUCUGCAGCUUGCUUUACUUUUUGAGUUAUGCAUUUUGAAGCAAAAUCCAUUACAAUUCCAAUAAACUAAACCUGAUUUUAGGGGCUUGUAUGUUGUCUAUAUUAAGCAAUAUUUUAUCACGUAUAAUGCGUAUGUAUUUCUGUUAGUUAUGGCAUGUUGUUGAUGCUGGAUGAAUUAGAGGCAAACUUAAAGAAUUAGAAGAGCGGCUGCUUCAACCAGCAGCUACAGUUGAAGCGUAUAGCUGAAGAAAAUGAACUUGCUGCGUUGCAAGCAGAGAUGGCUCUUUGAGCUAGAUUUUGUGGUUAAUGUUCAGAAGUGAAUUUAAGAGAUACACUGAAUGAAGUUGCUUUGUGAUAAAGUGUAUUUACCCUCUUAGCUAAACUUUGUUUCACAAUUUUGCAUUUUUUCAUUUUCCAGACAGAGAUCUUACUAGGACACCAGAAAGUUAAAAUUUCCAGAGCUGAUGAAUAAGCACUGUGCUGCAAGUGUAGUUCCUAAAGGUAUUCACUAUCUUUUGUUGUGGUAUCGAUGAUUGCUCCUCCAGUGCUCAUACACGCAGACAGUUCUCGCUGCAAAAAUUAUUUCCUCCAACAUUUUUAACUCUCCUUCCAAUUUUGUUGGGCCAAAAAAAAAAGAACAAUUACUAAAACAUAAUUUUUCUUUUUUCUCAAAUCAGAAAAAAAUCAAAAUGAACACCCAUAUAGAACGUAUGAAGCCUUCUCUCAAGAACACAUUUUGCCAUAUCCUUGAAGAUGAUGAGCUAGUUCACCUCUCACAGCAUGGAAAUUAGUGGUUAAAAUCUCUGUUACUACUUACUACACUCAGUGUGAGCCUUUCUAAUCCAGUCUUGGUGGGUACAUUUACCCGAUACAUUUGCUUGUGCUGUAACAAGCUGCAGUUGGAUUUGUCAAUGUGAAUACAAGCUCGCUCAAUAUAUUUUCAAUAAGAACAACGAAAUAUAUAAACAAGAAAUUCUCCAUGAUAUUUUAAUAAAUUCUUGAGCUAAAUUAUGUUAUUAUCUAGCACAUACGGGACUUCUGUCUUUGAAUAAAUUGUUUAGAGACAUCUCUUCUUUCUCCAUCAAUGUGAAACAACCUCUGAUUUUCUGGCACAUUGAAACCAUCCUUUCACAUGUCAUGUUUUCUGAUUUUUUUUUUUUUUUGAGUUAUGUAAUCUGCUUUAAUUGGUUUCUACAUCAGAUAUCUAGUGCAUUUUCACUAUAUAAUCUGCAACCUUAUCAAGAAACCUGAGAGUUUGGACCAAGUACACGAGAUGUCAGAGCUCAUAUCCAUUACACUCUCUCAACAACCAAGUGAUAAGCCUGCAUUUCGCUUAAAAAUGUAUCAUGUCUUGAAAUUAAUCAAUUUAAUUCUUGGAGUUUUUGUUUCUGGUGUCACAGUGUGCUUUGUUCCUCCUUUCUCCAUUAUAGCUUUUCCUUUGUGUACAUGAGGGCCCUUAAUUUGGCCAUAAAUGGAAAAGUCGCUGAACAUAUCUUUCCAUCUUUCAAAAAGAUAGAUAGCUUCUUGAAAGAGUGGAAUCUUGGAGUCAAAGAUCAGAGGGGGCUCUUCCUUAAGAUCUCAAACAUUCUGAAGGAAACCAAGGGGCUCUGCAGAAGAGUCUUUCAAGUUUCUUAUAAAGUAUUUUGGAACUUUCUCGGAUGAAGAUGCUUCUGCCAUGAAUGAGGCAAAGGAAGAAGCUCUCCAUGCAUCAUUGCCUUUGUCAAGCACCUGACAUGUUUUAGGUUAUCAGAUAUAUCUAUGUUCAACAGAACUCUGAAGUUGAAUUGCUUGGGUAGAAAGGCAACACUUAUCUAUUUUGAACAAUCUACUGUUUUUGUUUUAGAUUCAGAAUUGCCAAAUGCUUUCUUUUCCCAUGCUUAGUCGGUAUCUUGUAGAACAUUUUUUUGGGUGCAUUGGAUAUGUUCUAUUGCUAGCAUGUAAUGGUAUAGGUGCGUCAAAUUAAACUCUUGUAUUAGAGUUACCUGACUGAUGUUGGUGGAAGGUGACAUGUAUACUAUGAAAUCAGUUUUAGAGCAUGAAAGCUGGCCCGGACACCAGGGUUAUCCAAAAAGAGACUCUACUAUAAUACGACAUGAUUGCCUCCCUCGUCACUAUUGAUCUGAGUGAUUUGCUAGGUAGCUGGAAUUAAGCAACCAACAUCAUUCACAGUAUGGUCUGAUUUUUACUAUUCUUUGAACCCUACUUGCCAUAUUUACUCUUGGCCUUUAAUAUGGCAGUAUGACUUGCUAGAUAUACCUACUAUAGUUCAAUUGGAGAAAGAUGCUAAACAUGCUCUAGCAUAUCAGCUUCUGAAGAUCUUUCUCACUAGGAGGUUAGAUUAUUAUAUGAAUUUGCAGGAGAAAAAUUCAGAAUUAUUAAAAACCUAUGGUCAGUACUUGCAUUUCUGCUAAAUGGAACUUUGGUGUAUUUUAUGAGUGAACCCUUGAAUUUAUAAUGCUGCCCUUGGCCUGAUUCUUUUGGUCAAUGCUGCAGGACUUCUCCAUGAAGAUUGUGCAGAAAAAUGCGAUUAUUAACCUUGGUAGAUCUUGGCAAGACAAAACCUGGUCAAAUUCCAUAUUCCAUGAUCGAAGACACAUUGAAGAUUGAUGAUAUUGAGGUGGAAUCGUGGGCUGUUAAGGCAAUUUCAGCUAAGUUACUCAUCUGCAAGAUAGAUCAAAUGAACCAAACGAUGUACAUAGUGUGUAUUUGGGAUAAAUCAGCGGCAAUUGCUUCGAGCAAAGCUUGUGACCUGGAGAGAAAAUAUUGCUGAUUGAAGUUGAUGAAUAGAGGACCGAAGUAAACUUUAUCUAUUGUAGUGAACGAUAAAGAGUUUUUGUACUAAUAUCAUAAAUGUUAUUUGAAUACAUCUUGGUUUUGUGGAAUGUAUUUCUAAUCGAGAUCUUUAAGCAAUUGCUUUCUAUGUAUGGGUUGUACAAGACAUGUUUCUCAAAAUUUA